UUUUCAACAAAACUACAUUGCCAAACUCUACUAUGAAAUAGCUAGCAAACUAAUAAGACUUUAUCAUCACACUUAAACCCUCAGAAAAAAUUAAGUAAAUACCAAUGGGCAUUUUCAAGUGCAUGUUCAUUUUCCCUUUUCUUGUUGCUGCACUUGAUCUCCUCUUCACUCAUAGUGAAGCAGCAAGAUUCGACGUUCGAAACAACUGUGGUUACACUGUCUGGGCUGCGUCCACGCCAGUAGGUGGUGGUCGCCAGCUCAACAGAGGCGAAACCUGGUCCAUCGAUGUUCCAGCUGGCACGGCAGGAGCCCGUAUUUGGGGUCGAACAGGUUGCAAUUUCGAUGGUUCGGGGCGGGGUAGGUGUCAGUCUGGAGAUUGCAAUGGUCUCCUCAAUUGCCAAUCUUCAGGACAACCCCCAAUGACAUUAGCUGAAUAUUCCCUAAACCAAUAUAACGAGAAGAAUCUCGAUUUCAUCGAUAUAUCUGUAAUCGAUGGAUUCAACGUGCCCAUGGAAUUUAGCCCUACCUCGAACGGGUGCACGAGUGGCGUUAGGUGCGCGGGCGAUAUCAACGAACGAUGCCCAAAUGAACUCAAGGCACCUGGAGGAUAUUGUAACAACCCUUGUACUGUUUAUAAGCGUGAUGAAUAUUGUUGUUAUUCUGGAAAGUGUGGUCCAACACCACUUUCUAACUUCUUUAAGCAAAGGUGCCCUGAUGUCUAUACUUACCCUAAGGAUGAUACUAGCACUAAAUCUUGUCCUGGAGGAACCAACUAUAGAGUUGUUUUCUGCCCAUAAUUAAAUUUGGAUGCAAAAAUGGUGGUAUGAAAAAUUACCAAAAUAAUAAGUGUCUUAGAGGUCUUGUUGAACUAUUUUGUCUUAGUGUGUGAUAACAAGCUCCUGUGUGUGUGUAAUGUAUACACUGUACACACUCCCUUCAUCUUAUGUAUUUUUUUUUAGAUAUAUCAUAAUGAAUAAAUAAUAAUAUCGUUAAUUUUGUGUCA